AUGAAAAAAGACUUUUCUCACUGUGCGAGACAAGCUGAGAAGUUGCACAGUGCGAAGAAACAUCGCGCGGUGUUUUGCACUGUGCGACAAAAACUCCUUCCGCACGGUGCAAAAGUAAGAAAGAAAGAUGAUUGAUUGCACUGUGCAAAAUGAAAAAAAGACUCUUUGCACUGUGCGAAACUUGUCGCAAAAUUGCACAGUGCGAAGAAACAUCGCGCGGUUUUUUGCACUGUGCGAACGGCAAAACUCCUUCCGCACGGUGCAAAAUCGGAAAAAGUUUUUUUGCACUGUGCGAAACAUGCCGCAAAACAUUUUCGCACUGUGCGAACGACAAAACAUCAUGCGCACUGUGCAAAAAUAAGAAAGAAAGAUUGAUUGCACAGUGAAUUUUUGCAGUGUGCAAAACAUGCCACAAAAUUGCACUGUGCAAGGGAAAAUCGCGCGGUGUUUUGCACUGUGCGAACGACGAAAACUCCUUCCGCACGGUGCGAAAAUAAAAAAUGUUUUUUUGCACUGUGCGAAGAAACAUCGCGCGGACUUUUGCACCGUGCGAACAACAAAAAACCUUCCGCACUGUGCAAAAUCGGAAAAAAAUUUUCGCACUGUGCGAAACUUGCGACAAGAUUAUUUCUGCGCACAGUGCACAUAAAAAACCUUGUUUUUGAGGAAAAAACAAAGUGAAAUGUUUUUUCACACUCUGAAAAAUAGCAAGGUGCAAAAAAAAUUUGUGAAAUACGAUGACAUAACCUCUAAACUCUAAAAAAUACAAACUGGAAUACAAAGAAAAUCGUAAAUACUUAUCAGCGACCUUUUUUCCGGCUUCUCUAACCCCGAUAAUAACAAGAAAUUUGUAAUUGGCUCUGAAAUUAUCUAUUAUUAGUAGGUGGACUAACAAAGUGAAUCGUGGAUGUGUUGUUAUUUCGCUUGUUGCAGUUGUUUUGGGUCAGUUGUAAGUCAAUUCGGAUAAAAAAUAUCCGCACAGUGCGGUCAGAAUUUUCUUUUGCACUGUGCAGUUUAGCAGCAAAAUUGCACAUUGAACCUUGAAAUAUAGUCUUUUCCUCGACUAAUUAGACCUUUAGUUAUUGCACUGUGCAAAUUUCUCUCUUCACUGCACUGUGCGAUAGGGUUGAACAAUCUCCGCACUGUGCAGUCAAAAAAUUUUUUUGCACUGUGCAGUAUAGAAGCAAGGUGUAAUGCGAAAGAUAAAUAUGAGUUUUUUAUUGACUAAUUAGCCUCUAGAUCAUUGAACUGUCCAAUUUUACCCCUUCUCUGUACCGUGAAAUAAAAUUUAAAAAAUCCCCGCACCGUGCAGUCAAAAAAUUUUUUUGCACUGUGCAGUCUAGCAGCAAGAUGGUGUUUUACAAAAAAUAAAUAUGAGUUUCUUACUGAUUAUUCAGGCCCUAUAUAACUGUGCUGUGCAAUUUUCCUCUUCCUCUGCGCCGUGAAAUAAAAUGGAAAAAUUUCCGCACAGUGCAGUCAAAAUAUUUUUUUGCACUGUGCAGUCAAAAUAUUUUUUUGCACUGUGCAGUCUAGGAGCAGAACUGCGUAAAGCAAAAGAUAAAUAUGAGUUUUUUAUCGACUAAUUAGUCUCUAUCUGAUUGCACUGUCCAAUUUCUCCCUUCCUCUGCAUCGUAAAAUGAAAUAAAAAAAAAUUCGCACAGUGCAGAAAUUUUUUUUAAACUUUAAUUAAAAAUUCCACAUUUUAGCGAUGGCAAGUGUGUGUGUCGAACACUGGACUACUAAUUGGACUGGUUGGCUUCUUUUUGAUCGCUUGGUUUUACAAAUUGGAAUGGAUUAUACUACCUUUCGCCUUAUUAGUAACUUACAGUACUAUUAGAAAAUUAGAGCAGAAAAAGCCCGUCUAUUGGUAUGCAACGUAUGUUGUAGGGGUGAGAAUGAAUUUUUUAGAAAAUUUUUUUAUUUUCCACCGCCAUAUGGAUUACUGUAACACUUUUUUCAGAUCCUAACCCUAAUUUUGCUCGGAAUUUUGUCCGGAUUUGCCGUUCAAGAGGCAGUUUUGAAACCUGACUGCUUCGAAUUGACCAUGAUAUUCCUUGUGCUUCUCACUUUUGUCCCAUUCCACCUUUACACAUUGGUUUUGGUCUACAUGGAUCAACAAAAUUGGCUUUCGGAGGAAAAAACGGGCAAAAAGAUAAAACCGGAGACUUUGUCAGCGGUUAAAAUCAUUUUCAAAGAUGAACUACAACGACAGGAAUCUAAAUUCGACGCGAGAAUCACUUGA